AUGGCAAAUAUUACAACAGUUUUAGAGAAGUUAUGGAGAAAAUUUUAUCAGAUUGCUGUUUUACUUCCUAAAAAUCCAUCAUCGUAUCAUAUGACUAUGGAAUAUCAUCACAUCUUUCAUAUUCUUGAUGAGUUGAAACUGGAGGAACAACGAACAGCUGAAAAUAUUCGAAAAAGUCUGCUUCGCAGUCGACCCGUAAUUAUCAGUAAUGAUGAACUUGAAGAUUAUAUCAAACGUAUCGAAUUUGCCGAUGAAAUCAUGUUAAAUUUAGACUAUUUAGUGAAGAAAACCUUCGAUGGCUAUAUCAUCUUUGUUCAGAAAUACUGGGGAAUGAAUGAAACCAUUGGUACUAGUGAACAGCAAAGAAUUCUUUCCCAAAAAUAUGAUAUGACAAUGUCCGAAUGGCAGUUUUUAUUGAGCAAAAUUGAACGAUUCCAUGAAAUAGUCAAAGAUUCUUAA